AGGCGUUGAGCGUUCAUCCAUAUUAAGUGCUUUCUUCGUCGUCCUAAUAUGUUCAUAUCAUUAAUUUCAGCCAUAUUAAGUGCUUAGGUUUCUUCGUCAACCUCAUAGAGGAGAGGUUUUUUGACUGUGAAAGAGGUAGGGACGCAUCUGGUGGUUUUUAUUGUAUAUGUAGAAGAGGCAAAACGCUUGGAAGCGAAAGAAGAACAUCUCGCCAUGGCCCUGCUCGCCCCCUUUCUGUUCAUGCCAUGCAGCCAUUAUGUCAAUCAUUGAGAAGAAGGGAAGAGAUUCAGUUCCUGUGUUUUUGUUCUGAAAAUCUCUGUUGGUUCUUUGAAACUCUCAGGGCAUUGGGUAUCAGAGACGAGAUUCUAUUGAUUCCUUAAUCUUCGGAUACAGGCUUGGUUGGAUGAUUGUGGCUCUUAAGCUGAGAAAUGAGUCGUCCUUCCGUCAAUAGCAGGCCUUCCCAAGGUAAUAUAGGAAGGCUAAAAGAACUAUUGCGUAGAGGUGAUAAUCGUAUGUGUGCAGAUUGUGGUGCACCAGAUCCAAAAUGGGCGUCAGCAAAUAUUGGAGUAUUUAUAUGCUUAAAAUGUUGUGGCGUACACAGAAGUCUCGGAACACAUAUUUCAAAGGUUUUGUCUGUGGCAUUGGAUGAGUGGACUGAUGAUGAAAUUGACUCUAUGGUUGAGGUUGGUGGUAAUUCUUCUGCUAACAAAAUCUAUGAAGCUUUUAUUUCCGAAGGACACUUGAAGCCUGGACCAGAAUCUAGUCAUGAGGACCGCGUGAAGUUCAUCAGGUCUAAAUAUGAACUGCAAGAAUUUCUGAAACCUAGUCUUCGGAUCGUCUCGCUUCCUGGAAGGUCCUCUCUCCAAUCUAGUUUUUCUAGAAAGAUAAUGGAUAGCUUUCGAAGCUCCAACUCAUCAACUAAAAUGCAGGAGGGCAUGGUGGAAUUUAUUGGAAUGCUAAAGGUUAAAGUGAUAAAAGGCACAAAUUUGGCUAUAAGAGAUCUAUUGUCGAGUGAUCCUUACGUUGUCCUAACUCUUGGGCAGCAGACAGUUCAGACACAAGUAAUAAAGAGCAAUUUGAAUCCAGUGUGGAAUGAGGAUCUCAUGCUCUCAGUUCCUCAAAACUUUGGGGCCGUAAAGCUGCAAGUAUAUGAUUACGACACAUUUUCAGCUGAUGACAUAAUGGGGGUAGCCGAGAUUGAUAUUCAGCCACUGAUCACAUCUGCGAUGGCAUUUGGAGAUCCAAACAUGUUUGGAAACAUGCAGAUUGGAAAGUGGUUGAAGUCACAUGACAAUGCUCUCCUUGAGGACAGCAUCAUCAAUAUAGUGGACGGGAAAGUGAAACAAGGGGUGUUGCUAAAGCUUCAGAAUGUUGAAUGUGGAGAUUUAGAACUAGAACUAGAAUGGAUACCUCUAGAGCAAUAGUUUUCUCAACAAUUUUUUUCCACAUCUACUGUUGAAUAAAACUUUGAUGCAGUUGUUGUAUUGUAUGAAAUAUUUAUACAGCAUUGCAUUUUUAUUUUUUUUUUUUAAUAUUCAUUUUUGUCUAUAUAUUUAUGUUAAUUACUCUUUCCUGU